AACAAUGCCUGCGUGUGAAGAUUUGGGCUGAUUUCGUGUUGCGGUGUGUUUGUGUCCGUGGCCCAGCAGUCCUCGAAGAGCAUGGACUCUUAAAAGAUGCGAAGAUACCGAAGGAAUGUCAGAGAGACGGUCUAAAGUGACCCAUUCAUGGUCCGACUUGUUCUGCGUCGGGCUUCUAGUCCCUCCGUUGAAACGUUCGACUUCGCCCUUUUUGGCCUCUUUCGCGCUCCGUCGCAGCCACAGUCUUUAGCUCAAAGUACGCUCACAGAAACUCAAAAGUGAUGAUUUGUCCGCUCUAAAAAGAUUCUGACCCGCCGCCCGUCUCCUCAUGGCGGAGGUCUACUAUGUAGGAGUGGACGUGGGCACUGCCAGUGUGAGGGCAGCACUGGUGACCAGGGCCGGUCUGCUGCAGAGCACUGCAGAGGAGCCCAUCAGCAUCUGGGAGCCUCAGGCCGACCACUACGUCCAGUCCUCCGCAGAGAUCUGGGAGAAGUGCUGCUCAGUUGUAAAGAGGGUCACCCAACAUGUGGAGAGGAGUCAGGUACGAGGGAUCGGCUUUGACGCCACUUGCUCUCUAGUGGUUUUGGACCAAAGCUUCCAGCCCGUGCCAGUCAGUCAGGAUGGCGACCGACAGAGGAACGUGGUGAUGUGGAUGGACCACCGUGCCGAAGAGCAGGCCGCUUGUAUUACAAACGCCGGCCACAGGGUCCUGAACAGGGUGGGAGGGGUCAUGUCACCAGAGAUGCAACCCCCUAAGCUGCUCUGGCUCAAAGAGAAUCUAAAAGAAAGCUGCUGGAACAAAGCUGCACACUUCUUUGACCUUCCAGACUUCUUGUCUUGGAAAGCAACGGGUUCUUUGACACGAUCUUUAUGUACUCUGGUUUGUAAAUGGACGUAUUGCCCUCCAGAGGGAUGGGACGCCAGUUUCUGGAUUAGCAUUGGACUGGAGGAUCUUCUGGAAAACAACUACUCCAAAAUAGGCAGUGUGACGUGUCCCCCGGGGAGCCCGCUGGGAGACGGCCUCACCCGGGAGGCGGCAGCAGAUUUGGGUUUGGAUCCAGGAACUGCAGUUGGUGCUUCCCUCAUCGAUGCUCACGCUGGAGGCCUCGGUGUGAUCGGUGCAGACGUCAGAGGCUUUCACUUGCCCUGUGAGGACCAGCCAAUCACCACGCGCAUGGCGAUGAUCUGUGGGACAUCAACCUGUCACAUGGCAAUUAGCGAACAGGCUCUGUUUGUGCCCGGAGUGUGGGGGCCCUGCCUGUCUGCCAUGGUGCCCGGCAUGUGGCUCAACGAGGGAGGACAGAGUGCGACAGGAAGGCUGAUCGACCACGUGGUAAAGGGCCAUGCUGCAUACGCCCAGCUCCAGGAACGGGCACGUCAGAGUCUUCCUUUCACCGGCGGGAACAUCUACAGCUACCUGAACAGCCACCUGAGUUCAAUGGUUAAUGAUGGUUCCGCUGUGGACCUGCUGGGCUCCAGUCUGCAUGUCUGGCCGGACUUCCACGGGAACAGGUCGCCCCUGGCUGACCCCACCUUGAAGGGCAUGAUGAUCGGACUAUCACUCUCCCAAACCUUGGAUGACUUGGCCCUGCUCUAUCUGGCCACUGUGCAAGCCCUUGCUCUUGGUACGCUUCAUAUUCUGGACGCGAUGAGAGAAGCAGGACAUGACAUCAGAACCCUCUUCCUUUGUGGCGGGUUGAGCAAAAACGCCCUGUUCGUACAGAUUCACGCCAACGCUACAGGAUUGCCUGUGGUGUUGCCUGACCAGAUGGAGGCUGUGCUGAUAGGAGCAGCAGUCCUGGGUGCAUGUGCAUCACAAGAUUACAGCAGUAUACAGGAGGCGAUGGAGAAAAUGGCAAAAGUGGGGAAAGUUGUUCAGCCUGACCGUGAACUCCAGAGCUUCUAUGAGAGAAAGUACAAGGUGUUCCUGCGACUGUUCGCCCACCAGAGGGAGUACCAGGCCAUCAUGAACCAGAGAUGACGGCCUGCUGGACCCGACUCUCUCUGACGUAAUAGUGAUGACGAAUCCACACACUGGAAACAAGACCACAGGUCUUAGCCGUGCUGCCUUUUCCUGUUAUUGAUAAUGGUCAGGUUUUUAAAUCUUCUCAGUUACUUGAAGGAAAACAGCUCCCUGAGGAGUGAUUGUCUCUCAGGCGGUGAAGCUGGUUCUGAGCAUAUGACUGCUGGCACAGAUAAGACUUCAAACCACCUAACAGAGCGUCCCGCGGCUGCUUGUCUCGUAGAUCCACUGCUGCUCUUCUCAAAUUGAAAUCAUUAUGCAGGAGUGAAUGUGGGGACAUUAACAGAUUUCGGGGAUUGACCUGCUCGUGGCACGUCAGCUCCAUCCAAAGUCAAACAGCACUGUCAACAUCAUAUGUGCUCCUAAUAAAUAAUUAAAAUAAAA